UGGCACCCACUCGUAUCCGCCGCGCGUUCUCGCCCUCGCUCCCGCGCUCCUCAGCUCACCCGCGCUCGAGCCCCCUCCUCUCUGCUGCGCGUCCCCCACGUCCCGACCCUCCACUCUCAGGUCACCAGCCCGUGCUCGCGUUUGUCUUUGCCGAGCGCCUCAUUCCCACCCCAGGCAAGCGCGCUCGCUGCCUAGCGACGGGACACGACUCGCCGGUUGAGGGUAGGCGCGUGCGCCAGGCGUGCGUGUGACAGCGCAGGCGCCCUUUGGGAGACCGGGUCUUAGGGGUUGGCUGGGGUCUGGCUGCGCAGGCGGUUUGGGCCGUGGGACCUUGGCGUGGUGUAGGGCGCAGGCGGUGCCCAGGCUCCCCGAGCCCAGCGAGGAACUCAGGAGUUAGAAAUGGAGUCAGCAUAUCUUCAAAAGCACCUUGGGGCUUGUCUAACUCAAGGUCUUGCAGAAGUAGCAAGAAUUCGCCCAGUGGAUCCAAUAGAAUAUUUAGCAUUGUGGCUUUACAAGUAUAAGGAAAAUGUGACCAUGGAGAAACUGAGAGAAAAAGAAAUGGCGGACUUGGAGCGUGAAAGAGAACUUGCUCUGAUGGAGCAGGAAAUGAUGGAGAGACUUAAAGCAGAGGAGCUCAUGUUUCAGCAGCAACAACUGGAGUUGGAAAUGCAAGAAAAAGAGAGACAGAGACUAGAAGAAUUACAGAGAGAUCAAGAACUUUUGGAAAAGGAUAUAGCAGCAGACUCAGGCAAGACACUCGCUGAAAUCAGUGACCGAUACGGGGCACCUAACCUGAGCAGAGUGGAAGAGGUUGACGAAUCAAUACUGUCUGAUGUAAAUUCUGUGCUCACCUCCUCCCACAACCACAUCAAAUUUACAACUAAACUACAGAAAAAACAUCAUUGACAAUCAUCUGAAAUCUAGCUGAACAGAAGUCCUACAACUAAGGACAUACCGAAGAAGCCACCUCAAGAGUGAUAGGAGGGGCAGAAUCUCGGAAUGGGCUGGCACACUGCUAGAAUGGGUGGUUAAAAAUCAAGAGUGAUAUCUCGAGGUGGAGGUCCCCCCUGUGGAUCAAGGGGUACCCACCCCACACCAGGCUCCCAAGUCCAGGUUUCCAGUGCCAGGAAAAGAAGUCCCCAUCACUUCUGGCUGUGAAAACUACUGGAGAUUGUGGCUAAGUGAGAUGAAAGGCUCCUGGAGUUUCAGGUAUUCCUUGUUAAACAGCCUCCACAUAGACUUACUCACUGAUGGACUCACUCACUCUGAGCCCCAACCCUGGGACAGCAGCUUGAAAGG